AUCAGAUCGGCAAAGUCCUGUUUUCGCAGCCAAGCCCCGAUCGAGGUCAUUGCUCGCAUCAGCUUCCCCCUCGAUCCGCGUCCGGAGCACUCGUCGAGGCUCUCUUUCCAAGCGGUCUAUCCAAGCUCUCCGAAGCGCUUUCGCCUACCAGGCCCCCUUCGUUCCCGUGCCGAAUUCCUCGCCGAUCCUGUCGCCGAUCCUGUCGCCGAUCAUGCGUCCUUCGUUCAUCCUUCGCCCGGUCGCCCGGUCGCUCAGUCUCGCUCGCCCGGUACUCCCGUUCUCACCUGCCGCCGCUGCAGUCUUCUGUCGGCCCUCAUUAACCCGAAGCUUCAUCGGCAAAUGUCCCAAAGAGGCCCAGGUCUACAAUGCCGCAAACCCAUAUCUGCAAAAACCACUGCCAGGCUCCACGGCAUCGCCGGCUGCGGAUCCGCUGAUUGUCCUCCAGAACUACAUCGCCAUCGACGACGCCCAGCUCGCCUUGGCGUCGUACUCGUCCAUCCGUGAGAACGAGGCACAAAAGAAGCGCCUGUCGUCUGGCGAUCUGGUCGGCCUCCUGCGAUGCCUCGCCAGACACCCCGGCACCGGCAACAAGCAGGCCAUCGACCACAUCCAGGCUGAUCUGAGCGCGAAUGGCAUCAAGGUCACCACAGAGCUGCAUGCCCUCCUGAUCCAGGCAUUCGCGCUCAUUGGAAAUGAUGUCGGUGCCGCGCUCCAGUAUGCCCACUCGGUCAAGGAGCACAGCAAUGGCCAGCUCUCGGUCGAGCUUUACAACGCCCUGAUCGAGUCGCUCGUGCGCAUCCAACACCAUCGUCAUGCAACCAUCAUUUAUGGCAACAUGGUCAAGGCCGGCGUCCAGCCCAACGACGAGACGCUUGCACUCGCUGCGCAGGCACUCGCUCUCGACGGCGCCCUGGACGAUGCUGUGGCGCUUCUCCAGAAGCUCCCGCCGUCGCAUCCCCAGAUCGCCGACACCUACGCUGCCAUCAUCAGCGGCUAUGGCAAGCUGGGCCGUGUGACACAUGCCUACCAGUACAUGCGCAAGUUUGAAAAGAUCUCGACCCAGCCUGCGCCGCCUGCGGCGUGGGAAGGCCUAUUCGAGGCCCUGGAUGCCCGCAACAACCUGUCGCUGGCCAUCGAGACCUACCGCACGAUGCGGGCCAAGCUCGUGCCGGCCUCGCCCAAGUGCCUGACCUCGCUGAUCAGCGUGUGUGCCCGAGUCGACGGCAUGACCUCGGCUCUGCGAUACUACCACAAGAAAGAACACGUCCGAGGGUGGAAGACGGCCGACGAGAUGGACGCUGCCCUGAUCCGCGGCUAUGUCUCGCAGAAGCCGCCGCAGGCAGGCGUUGCUUGGCGACAUGUCGUAUCGAUCCUGAAGCACAAGCCGCUGAACCGGACCCUCAUCGCGCCGCUGGCCGAGUUCCACGCCGACAAGCACACCGACUAUCUCUUGGACAUGCUGCAGCUGGCAUACGCUCCCGCCGAGCAGCUGCCGCGUAUCGUUGCGCUGUUGCUCGAGUCGUUCCUGACGGCCUCGACCCCCCAUUUGGAUGCCGCCAAGGGCCUGUAUCAGCAGCUGGGCAAGGGUCGCCUUGCCACUGUGUCGCCCUCGGACGAGGUCAUCCUGCCCGUCGUGCCGCUGUUGCUCUUCAACGACGGCAAGGUCAAGGAGGGCGAGUCCAUGAUCGAGAAGCUCGAGCAAGCCCACGUCCCGAUCGCGCGAGAGACCUACGCCCAGUGGAUCCGCACCUCUGUCGCAGCCAACAACGUUACCAAGGCCAAGGAGGUCUUCUUCAAGGCCCUGACCUCGCCGCUGCCCUAUUCAAGCCAGGAGCAGCGUGUGACCGAGUACAACGAGCUCCUCAAGGGUCUCCAAAAGGAAAACAACGCUGUCGAGACCAAGGCUCUGCUCCUGGAUCUCUCCGAGCGCGGUCUGAUCCCCGACGCUGCGCUGCAUCCCGAGGUUGCUGAGGCCCUCGAGGCGAACGAGAUCCAGGUUCUGAUCCAGCGAAUCUAGGCAGCGAGCCGCCAUUUGCGAGUUCUCCCCCCUCCAACAUUCAGCGUAACAUUGAUGGAUACUCUGGUUGUAUAUCCCAGCCGGAUCGAUCCACCAGCACACUUCUAAGCAUCCAACCUCUCCCCUCCCUUCUUCCUGAGCUGCUAGACUCACUUUCUCGAUGUCCUCCCCCUCCCUCCUCUUCUGUGUCUGGCUCCGGUAUGUACCCCUUCCCGUUACAUGCGGUCGCCAUCUUAUGCAAGAGCUGCCCGCCCCCUAUCUCCUGCUCACUCCCAUCCAUGCAUCAAUCCUGUACCCGCUCUUGUCACACCCAAUUCAUGUGCAUUUCUGGGGAAGAGGGAGAUGAUCGGCCAAGAAUCGAUGACGGCGCGACGAUGACGUGGACAACCGCAUCAUGUUCUAAUACAGUCAGUGCAGGAAAGGCAAAAUGAUGU